CCUUCCGUCGCCUUGGUUUCGAGCUGUGUGUUUCGCUCCUUUGGACUUCCCGCCCCCGGAUCUCGACUGCCGUCCCUCGAUCCUCUACCCCCUUGCAUGGACACAGACUCUGAUGCCUCUCUGUCACCCUGGAUCAUCUGCCUGCCCCACGGACUGUCUUCCUGCUUUGUCCCUCCUUUCGCUCACCGCAACACUAGUGCUGAUGAGUGAGGCUGAGCAGACUAAGCUGGUAACCAAAACAGAGGAGGAGACGUGGAAACGCAGAGAAUCAUCAUCAGGCACACUAAUCAUUGCAUGACGGCCACAUCUGAAGACAUCUUCCCGUGUGUGAGACAAUGGAAUCAUCACCCAUAGGGACAUCAUAAAGACAUAAAGAGAGACAGUAUUUCAUCCGGUGGCAGAUUCCUGUGUGCCGCGCGUGGCCUCCUUCGCCCAUGGACCUCAGGGUGGGAGAGCGGGGGAUGCGCCCCGGCUCCGACACGGCGCUCCUCAGUCCGCUGCACCCGCCGCUGCUUCUCAGCCCGUUCUCCCCGCCGGCCCGCACCUCCUUCUCCCAGCAGCAGCUGCAGCAGCACAUCCGGUUCAAUAUGGAGCAGAGGCGACGUGAACAGGAACACCAGGAGAAGCAUCAAGAACUGCAGCAGCUAAAAAACAAGGACAAGAGCCAACAAAGUGCAGUGGCCAGUUCACUGGUGAAACAGAAGCUCCAGCAGGUCAUCUUGAAGAAGCAGAAGCAGGCGGCGCUGGAAAGAACCAGCUCCAACCCUUUGGCUGUAACGCCAGUGGCAUACAGAAAACUGGGCCCAGACCCGAAUGUUCCGUCCCAACCUCUGGUCUCCUCUCCGUCACAGCCUUCCUCUGAGGGCUCAGAAAGAACGCCACUACGCCGGGCAGCGUCUGAGCCCAAUCUGAAAGUCAAGCACAAGCUCAAGAAGCAUCUCAACACCCGAAAGAGCCCGCUCACCCGCAAAGAGAGCGCCCCGCCCACUGUCAGACACAGAGUACCUGAUACACUGGUAGACUCCUCACCCAGCAGCAGCAGCACUCCAGCCUCAGGCUGCAGCUCGCCUAAUGACACUUUUCCCAAUGAAAACGGGCUGCUGCCAUCUGCAGGCGGACUCUCGCAUGAGGCACAGAAGCUGCUGCUCAGAGACGGCACGCUGGCUAACUUCACCAUCCAGAGUCCUUCCACCCUGCCCACCAUCACACUGGGACUACCAGCCAAUGCCAGGGUUGAAGGAGAGCUGUCCCCUCUGAAAGUGGGUGGAGUGCCCAUGGUCGCAGCCGGGACCCCACAGGUGUGGUUGCCCCUGAGCAGAGAGGAUCAGCUCAGCCCUCGCCUACCUGUUAUCAUCCUGGAGCCUUCUGGACUGGUGCAUGCUCCGCUCCUCUCUGUGCCGGGCCUGGAGUCUGUGCCGCUGCAGUUCGCCUCGCACUUGGACCAGCUGUCCCCGGGGGGCGCUCAGGCCCACAAGCCCCUGAGCCGGACGCGCUCGGAGCCCCUGCCGCAGAGCACGAGGGCCCUCCACACGCACCUGCUCCAGCAGCACCACAACACGCAGCUGCUGGAGAGAUUACAACAGCAGACUCACCUUGGCAAGCUCAUGUCCAAAUCCAGCGAGAAGCCCAGACUCCACCAGAUCCCCUCUGAGGACAUGGACUCGGAGGACGGCGGGGGGACGUCGCCGUCAGAGCCGGGCUAUCCAAGCAGAGGGAGGGCUGAUUCCAUCAGGGAGGCGGAGCCAGCAUCUUCAACAGGAUCCAGUAACCAAGAGCAGCUCAACUUACAACACGCACUCAUACUCAACCAGUCUUUGCUAUGGGAGCAGCAGAAGCAGCUGCAACAGUUGCACCGACAAAUGGAGACCCUGGCCGUCCCGAUGCUACGUAGCGGUGGAAGCGGUGGCGUUGGCGGCGCUCUGGGCGUGCACCGCCCCCUGUCGCGUACGCAGUCCUCACCGGCCUCCACGUCUCUCACCCUGCCCGAAAAACCUCUGAGCCUGACCGGGCAGGAAGCGAGCAGCAAACCACGCUUCACCACUGGCUUGGUGUAUGACUCCCAGAUGCUGAAGCACCAGUGUACAUGUGGAGACAACAGCAGUCACCCCGAGCAUGCUGGGAGAAUACAGAGCAUCUGGUCCCGACUACAAGAGCGAGGCCUGAGGGGCCAGUGUGAGAGCAUUCGCGGCCGUAAGGCCACCUUGGAAGAGCUGCAGUCCGUCCACAGUGAGCGCCACGUUCUGCUCUACGGCACCAACCCGCUCAACCGGCUCAAACUGGAUAACCGCAAACUGGCAGGAAUCCUCUCUCAGAGGAUGUUUGUUAUGCUGCCAUGCGGAGGUGUCGGGGUGGACAACGACACCAUCUGGAACGAGUCGCACACGUCCACGGCGUCGCGCAUGGCUGCCGGCAGUGUUGUCGAGCUGGCGGUCAGAGUGGCCAAGGGGGAGCUCAAGAACGGCUUUGCUGUGGUCAGACCACCAGGGCACCAUGCUGACCCUUCCAACCCAAUGGGCUUCUGCUACUUUAACUCUGUGGCCAUCGCUGCCAAACAGCUCCAGCAGAAGCUCAGCGUCAGCAAAAUCCUCAUUGUGGAUUGGGAUGUUCACCACGGUAACGGCACCCAGGAGGUUUUCUACAACGACCCCAGCGUCCUCUACCUGUCGCUUCACCGCUACGACCACGGCAACUUCUUUCCUGGCAGCGGCUCACCGGCGGAGGUGGGGUCUGGCGCCGGGGAGGGCUUCAACGUGAACGUGGCGUGGACGGGAGGACUGGAGCCUCCCAUGGGGGACGCUGAGUACCUUGCAGCGUUCAGGACCGUGGUGAUGCCCAUCGCCCAGGAGUUUUCCCCGGACGUGGUUCUGGUCUCAGCAGGUUUUGACGCUGCCGAGGGCAACCCUGCGCCUCUAGGAGGCUACAAGGUGUCUGCCAAAUGUUUCAGCUUUCUGACCCGCCAGUUGAUGUCCCUAGCAGGGGGUCGCCUGGUUUUGUCGCUGGAGGGCGGUCACGACCUCACCGCGAUCUGCGACGCGUCCGAGGCUUGCGUCAGCGCGCUGCUCGGUGCACAGGAUUCGCUGUCAGAGGAGGUGCUGUUGCAGAAACCCAACGCUAACGCCGUCCACUCCCUGCAGACGGUCAUACAAAUACAAAGUGAAUACUGGCCGAGUGUGAAGACUUGCAGCAGCUCAGUGGGUGUCUCCUACCUGCUCGCCCAGACUGGAGACUGCGAGGAAGCAGAUGCUGUAAACGCUCUGGCCUCGCUCUCAGUGGGAGUUCUUUCCACCGAGAGCCUUCCAGAUGAGCCAAUGGAGCAUGACAGCGACUCCAUGUGACCCCCCCCCCCCCCCUCACCACCUCGCUCAGCUCACCUUCAGGAAACGAGGCGGGGGCCCCCGCUCGGGGCCCCUGGACCUCCAGCACUGCUCGCAAAGCUUCCAUCCGCCCGUCUGCCUUAUCCCGUACGUCUGAUGAUGUCAUACAAGCGCCUCAAAGCUGGGAACCAUUCAGCGGUAACCUCACCAAACCUCACCAAAGAGCAAUACGAGAUGUCGUUGUCAUGUCGACGGACUUUUUGACUGACAAGGAGUUGUGCCUUUCGUACGGCACGACAAUGUUUUUGUCCCGGAAGCACAACGUUGCAGGUGCUGUCUUAACUUUGCCUUCACUUUAGGACCAACCACUUUGGAUUCCUUCCUUCUAUGCCACUUUGCCUCCCCAAAACAAAUCCCAUUUUUGAAGCAACCCUGACAGGUGAAAGCGCACACACACACACACACACACACACACACACACACACACACACACACACACACACACACACACACACAAUGUAGAAAACACAGCACAUUUAAUGUCCUCCAUGUAUUUGAACCACUACGAGACAAUGACAACUGUGGUUUACUAGCAAUACUUCCAUGCUUGAUUGCACUGUUCAUUCCUCACUGUGAAGUGUAAGAGAUUUCCAAAGCUCCUCCUCUCUUUAAAGAGUCGUCAUGGCGACGUCUUUUUACGCACUCCGAAUUGUUACGUACUGUGGAAUUGCGCUUACCGUGACUUAAUGCGUCGCUUAUGUACCACUGGUAUUGUCUUUUUUUAAAAAAAUAGAUGUUCAUUCCAUAGCGGACCAUUGUGAUAAAUGAUGUUUGUGAUCGCACUUCAACACAUCGCACAAGCGAGAGCCCGCGUGUUGCCGUUAUAAGGCUUGAGUGGACCAUGUCCUCCUGAGAGACCGUAUGUUCCCCGAAAUAAGCCACGCCCACUCAAUUUGAGAAGAAAACUCAUAUUUUCACAAAAGUGAAAUCUAAGUAAGAUGAAGUAUCUCAAAUAAGGCUGAUUAUUAAUUAUUUUUUGUCUGAUAAGAUCAUUCUUCUCACUAAGCAGAUUUGAUGUUAGAGUGUUUUACUUGUUUUGCUCCUAAAUGAUCUCAGUAAGAUAUUACAGCUUGUUUGAUGAGAUUUGAUGAGCUAUAUCGAGUAAAACAUGCUUGAAACUAGAAUAUCAACUGUUGCAAAGCUGCGUCAUCAACACUCACAAGUAUAAAACUACUUUUUUAAAGUAAUCAUUUCUUAUUUCAAGCAUGAAAGGGAAAAAAAUCCUGACUUUGACACAAUUGUGUCUCAUAAUUAAAACAGAUGACAGCCAAAUGGACUUUGCUGUUUUAUUUUCAAUGAAACAAUAGAAAUUAAAGCUGCAAGCAGCGUUGGUCGGGUCCGCAUUUUGGCAGGUGCUAGUCCUAGGUGUCCCAAUACUUUUGUCCAAUGGUAGUCCUGAGUGAGACCUACAUAGAGGUUUUUGUUGCAUGUCUCUACGAUAUUCGUACUGGGAGUUAGAGGAAGUUGUGUCUGUGUUUUUUUCCCAGUGGUUCUUUUCUUUGAAGGCUCGUAAAAUCAAAACCGUAGCACUUAUUAAAACGCUUUCGCCAACUUUUA